AGAGAGAGAAGGGAAAAAAAAGCAGCAGCGGAGGGAGCGGCGGCGGAGGAGAGCGCGCGCGCGCCCCCUCCCUCCCUCCCUCCCUCCCCCUCCCCCCAAUUUCCACCGCGGCCAAUUCAUGGACAGGAACUACCCCAGCGCCGGCUUCGGGGACCCGCUCGGCACCGGGGCGGGAUGGAGUUACGAGAGGUCAGCGAAAGCUAGCUUGGUCUAUGGCAGCUCCAGGACCUCGCACCCCGAGACGGACAUCUUACACCGCCAGGCCUACGCGGCCCCCCACCCACUGCAAAGCUAUGCCACCAACCACCACCCGGCAGGCCUCUCUGGACUCUUUGACACUGGCCUCCACCACGCGGGCUCAGCAGGGCCCGACGCCUCCGUCAUGAACCUCAUCUCGGCCCUGGAGUCCCGGGGCCCCCAGCCUGGCCCCUCUGCCUCCUCUCUCCUCUCCCAGUUUCGCAGUCCUUCCUGGCAAACAGCCAUGCACACGCCAGGCCCCACGGAGCUCUUCAUCUCAGGUGCCCUGCCGGGUUCCAGCACCUUUCCAUCUUCCUCUGCCCUGUCGGCCUACCAGCACCCGGCUUCCUUCGGCAGCCGCCCCUUCCCGGUGCCCUCGUCCCUCAGCCUCCAGGACCCCCCAUUCAGUCCCCCAGCUAAUGGGCUCCUGUCCCCUCAUGACGUGCUGCACCUGAAGCCCUCGCAGGCACCCACGGUGCCCUCCUCGCUAGGCUUUGAGCGCCUGGCAGGGGGCGGUGUCCUGGGGCCCGCUGGUCUUGGCCCAGCCCAGACCCCUCCUUACCGCCCUGGUCCCCCAGACCCACCCCCACCUCCCCGCCACCUCCCAACUCAGUUCAACCUGCUGGCAUCCUCUUCUGCUGCUGCUGCUGCCGCCGAGCAAUCCUCCCCACAGCUCUACAACUUCUCGGGUGCUGCCCCGGGCCCCCCGCCGCCAGAGCGGGCCCUGCCCCGCCAGGACACCGUCAUCAAGCACUACCAGCGGCCGGCCAGUGCCCAGCCCCCACCGCCUCCGCCACCAGCCCACGCCCUCCAGCACUACCUGAGCUGCGGAGGCAGCUACCCCUCUAUGGGCCACCGGGCCAACCUGGCCUGCAGCCCCCUGGGCGGUGGGGAGCCCUCCCCGGGCGCUGGGGAGCCUAGCAAGGCUGGGCCCAGUGGAGCCACAGCAGGGGCAUCGGGCCGGGCUGCAGGCCCCGAGGCGGCCGGAGGAGGUGGGGCAGGGGGUGGUGGCGGAGGUUACCGCCCCAUCAUUCAGUCGCCUGGUUACAAGACGGGCAAAGGCGGUUAUGGAGCAGCUGCAGGGGGUGCCAACAGGCCCCCACCACCCCGUUCGACCGCCACGCCCAAAUGCCAGAGCCUGGGUGGGCCAGCAGCGGCCUAUGCCACCGGGAAGGCCUCUGGGGCUGGUGGGGCAGGAGGCCAGGCCUAUUCCCCUGGGCAGCCCCAAGGGCUCCUAGGACCCCAGGCCUACGGGCAAGGGUUUGGAGGGGGUCAAGCACAGGACUUGAGCAAAGGCCCUAGCUACUCAGGGGGGCCCCCGCAGCCCCCCAGUGGCCCGCCACCUCCUGGCUUAGCCACGUGUCAGAGCUACUCCCCGGACCAGCUACAGGGGCAGCUCUAUGGGGUACAGGGUGAGCCUUACCCAGGGCCAGCUGCCCACUCCCAGGGCCUGCCCACGGCCAGCCCCUCGCUCAGCUAUAGUACUGGCCAUUCCCCAGCGCUCUCGGGCCACGGAGGAGGCUGGGGGCCCAGCUCCCUGGGGGGCGGUGGAGAGGCCAGCCCUUCUCACAUCAUCCGCCCACUGCAGUCCCCACCUGCCCCCGGCCGCCCACCUGGAGUCGGCUCUCCAGGAGCCCCUGGCAAGUACCUGAGCUCUGUCCUGGCCUCGGCUCCCUUCCUGGCACCCCCGGGAACCGGCAGCUAUGCGGCUGGAGCAGGCGGCUACAAGGGCAAGGGGGACGGCUCAGAGCUGCUGGCGGGCCCUGGCGGGCCUCCGGCCGAGCGCACGGAGGAUGAGGAAUUCCUCAUUCAGCACCUACUGCAGGCGCCCAGCCCCCCGCGGACCUCAGGGGCGGAUGGUUUGGUGGGCGAAGAUGGGGCGGCGGAUGCCUCCAAGGGACUUGGGGGGAGUGGUGGGGCCGGGGGUCCCCCAGGCACACCCUAUGAGCUGGCCAAGGAAGACCCCCAGAGGUACCAUCUGCAGAGCGUCAUCCGUACCAGUGCCAGCCUCGACGAGGGUGCCACAGCGGCCCUGGAGCUGGGCCUGGGGAGGCUAAAGGAGAAGAAGAAAGGGCCAGAACGGGGCGGCGAAACCCCUGAGGGGCUGGCCACCUCAGUUGUCCACUAUGGCGCAGGUGCCAAGGAGCUGGGGGCCUUUCUCCAAAAGAGCCCACCACCCCCACCUCCCACGGCCCAGCCGACCCAGCCCACCCCCCAUGGCCUCCUCCUGGAGGCCGGGGGCCCGGACCUCCCACUGGUGCUGCCCCCACCUCCCCCCCAGCUGCUCCCCUCUGUCCUCAGCCACACCCCGAGCCCUUCUUCCAGUGCCCCGAAAGUCGGCGUCCAUCUCCUUGAGCCAGCCACCCGUGAUGGGGCACCCCAGCCGCCCCCACCACCACCCCCACCCCCACCCCCCAUGCCCCUCCAGCUCGAGGCCCACCUCCGAAGCCACGGCCUGGAGCCCGGCGCCCCCAGCCCCCGCCUACGACCCGAGGAGAGCCUGGAGCCACCAGGCGCCAUGCAGGAAUUGCUUGGGGCCCUGGAGCCACUGCCCCCUGGGCCUGGUGACACUGGCGUGGGCCCGCCUAACACUGAGGGCAAGGAUCCCUCGGGUGCCUACCGCAGCCCCAGCCCACAGGGCACCAAGGCCCCUCGCUUCGUGCCACUCACCUCUAUCUGCUUCCCUGACUCGUUGCUCCAAGAUGAGGAGCGAAGCUUCUUCCCCACUAUGGAGGAGAUGUUCGGGGGAGGGGCAGCUGAUGACUAUGGCAAGGCUGGGCCAGCUGAGGAGGAAAGUGAUCCCAAGGCGGGGACCGGGCCACCUCCGGGCCCCCCUGCCUAUGAUCCUUAUGGGCCCUACUGCCCUAGUCGGGCAUCUGGAGCCGGGCCGGAGACCCCGGGCCUGGGCCUGGACCCCAACAAGCCACCGGAGCUGCCCUCCACGGUCAACGCCGAGCCGCUGGGCCUGAUCCAGAGUGGGCCCCACCAGGCAGCCCCGCCACCCCCACCACCCCCUCCGCCACCGCCACCUGCCUCAGAGCCCAAGGGAGGCCUGACCUCGCCCAUCUUCUGCUCCACCAAGCCAAAGAAGCUGCUUAAGACGUCCUCCUUCCACCUGCUGCGGCGCCGAGACCCGCCCUUCCAAACCCCCAAAAAGCUGUAUGCCCAGGAGUAUGAGUUCGAGGCUGAUGAGGACAAGGCCGAUGUGCCCGCUGACAUCCGCCUCAACCCCCGGCGCCUGCCUGACCUGGUGUCCAGCUGCCGCUCCCGCCCGGCCCUGUCACCGCUGGGCGACAUUGACUUCUGUCCACCCAACCCGGGCCCCGAGGGGCCCCGGCGCCGUGGCCGCAAGCCCACCAAGGCCAAGCGCGAUGGCCCACCCCGACCUCGGGGGAGACCCCGGAUCCGCCCGCUGGAGGUCCCCACCACCACAGGGCCCGCAUCUGCCUCCACACCCACCGAUGGGGCCAAGAAACCCCGGGGCCGGGGCCGCGGCCGGGGCAGGAAGGCCGAGGAGAUCGGGGGCACCCGGCUGGAGCCCUUGAAGCCGCUUAAGAUCAAGCUGUCUGUGCCCAAGGCCGGCGAGGGUCUGGGACCCUCUUCGGGGGAUGCUGUAUCGGGCACUGACCACAACAGCCUGGACUCGAGCCUCACCCGGGAGAAGAUCGAGGCCAAGAUCAAGGAGGUGGAGGAGAAACAGCCGGAGAUGAAGUCCGGCUUCAUGGCCUCCUUCCUGGACUUCCUCAAGUCAGGCAAGCGCCACCCACCUCUCUACCAGGCCGGCCUGACGCCCCCACUCAGCCCCCCUAAGAGUGUGCCGCCCUCUGUGCCGGCCAGAGGCUUGCAGCCCCAACCCCCUACGGCCCCCACCGUGCCACACCCCCCACCCACCGGCGCCUUCGGGCUCGGGGGUGCGCUGGAAGCAGCCGAGAGCGAGGGGCUCGGGCUCGGCUGCCCUUCGCCCUGCAAACGGCUGGAUGAAGAGCUGAAGCGGAACCUCGAGACGCUGCCCUCUUUCUCCUCGGAUGAGGAAGACUCUGUCGCCAAGAACCGGGACCUGCAGGAGAGCAUCUCCUCGGCCAUCUCCGCCCUCGAUGACCCGCCCCUUGCUGGGCCCAAGGACACCUCCACCCCCGAUGGGCCCCCUUUGGCUGCAGAGGCUGCAGUCCCGGGGCCACCCCCUCUCCCAGGGCUCCCCAAUGCCAACAGCAAUGGCACACCUGGUAAGCUCUAUGAAGAUGGUUUGGGGGCCGGGCAGCGGUUUCCUGUUAUUUGGGCCACUGGGUAUAGUUGUGCAGGUUACGUACUGUUUAAGGGACACCGUUCAUGUUGUAGGCCCCCGCCGGCCCUGCCCUCGCCGCCCGCCCCGCCGCCCCCGCCGCCCACCGCGCCCCCCGAGGAGCCCGCCGCCCCGUCCCCCGACGAGCCCGAGCCCCCCGACGCGCGGCCCCUGCACCUGGCCAAGAAGCAGGAGACGGCGGCCGUGUGCGGGGAGACGGACGAGGAGGCGGGCGAGAGCGGCGGCGAGGGCAUCUUCCGCGAGCGUGACGAGUUCGUCAUCCGCGCCGAGGACAUCCCCUCCCUCAAGCUGGCGUUGCAGACGGGGCGCGAGCCGCCCCCCAUCUGGCGAGUCCAGAAGGCCCUGCUGCAGAAAUUCACUCCGGAGAUCAAGGAUGGGCAGCGGCAGUUUUGUGCCACCAGUAAUUAUUUGGGGUAUUUUGGGGACGCGAAAAAUCGGUACCAGCGCCUUUAUGUUAAGUUCCUGGAGAACGUGAACAAGAAGGAUUACGUGAGGGUCUGUGCUCGGAAACCCUGGCACCGCCCACUGCCCGUCAGACGCUCCGGGCAGGCCAAGGGUCCUGUGUCUGUGGUGGGCAGCUCUGCACCUCCCCCUAAGGCCCCAGCACCCCCUCCUAAGCCUGAGACUCCUGAGAAGACGACAUUGGAGAAGCCCCCAGAGCACAUGCCCGAGACGGCCAUGCCUGAGCCCCCCGCCCCUGAGAAGCCAUCCCCUCCACGGCCCAUCGAGAAGGAGAAGGAGAAGGAGCGGGCGAGCCGUGGGGAGCGGCCGCUGCGGGGGGAGCGGGGCGCAGGCGGGCGCCAGAUGCGGCCUGAGCGGAGCCUCCCGGCGGGACAGCCCACCCCCUCCCGGCUGCCCAAGGCCCGGCCCCCCAAGGUCAAGGCUGAGCCACCCCCCAAGAAGAGGAAGAAGUGGCUGAAGGAGGCGGCGGGCAAUGCCUCGGCGGGCGGGGGCCCCCCAGGCAGCUCCUCGGACUCAGAGUCAUCCCCCGGAGCGCCCAGUGAGGACGAGCGGGCAGUCCCCGGGCGUCUGCUGAAGACCCGGGCAAUGCGGGAGAUGUACCGAAGCUACGUGGAGAUGCUGGUGAGCACGGCGCUCGACCCGGACAUGAUCCAGGCCCUGGAGGACACGCACGACGAGCUAUACCUCCCGCCCAUGCGGAAGAUCGAUGGCCUCCUGAAUGAGCACAAGAAGAAAGUCCUGAAGCGGCUGUCGCUGAGCCCAGCCCUGCAGGACGCCCUGCACACCUUCCCCCAGCUGCAGGUGGAGCAGAGUGGGGAGGGCUCCCCGGAGGAGGGGGCCGUGCGGCUGCGGCCAGCUGGGGAGCCCUACAACCGCAAGACGCUCAGCAAGCUCAAGAGGAGCGUGGUCCGAGCCCAGGAGUUCAAGGUUGAGCUGGACAAGUCGGGAUACUACACGCUCUACCACUCGCUCCACCACUAUAAGUACCACACCUUCCUGCGCUGCCGGGACCAGACCCUGGCCAUUGAGGGCGGUGCUGAGGACCUGGGCCAGGAGGAGGUGGUCCAGCAGUGCAUGCGGAACCAACCAUGGCUGGAACAGCUCUUCGACUCCUUCAGCGACCUGCUGGCCCAAGCACAGGCCCACAGCCGCUGCGGGUGACCCCACCCCAGCCUGGGGGGGUGUGGGGCACCUCCUCCAUGAACCGAGAAAUGGGACAGAACUGUGUCCUCAGGAGCUAACCCCUGGGUCCCAUCACCGGGGAAGGGGGGGUGGUCAUUGGUCAGGGUGUGUCCAUGCUGCCCCCCCUCCCAGGGCAGGGUUCAAAGUUCGACUCCCCCCCGUCCCAAGCCCUCUCCACUCCUUCCCUGUUUCCCCCACUGUCCGGUGUACAGAGAAAUUAUUUAUAUAUAUGUAUAAAUGUCUAUUUAGUAACGGUUUCCCUCCCCCCCUUGCCCCAAUCCCCCCUCCACGGCCAUGGCCCCCGCCCCCUCCACCUUGUACAUAAUGUAUAGGAAAAGUCUAUGUAUGGUUGAGGGGGUGGGGCGGCUUCAGAGAGCUGGGGGACCCCCUCCCCCCCAAACCCCCCCUUAUAGGCCAAGAUCUUUGCUAAAGGCCAUUUCCUCCCCAAAGCAUUCGGCGUGGGGUGGGAGGGGAAACGCAUCUUGUUAAUUAUUUUUAAUCUUAUUUAUUGUACAUACCUGGGGCGGGGGGCCGGGGAGGUGGAGGGGGAGAAGGGUCCCCUCCUUUGGCCCCUCCCAUUCCUUUUCUACUGCGAUUUGUCUGUGUCUGCCCCCCCCACCCACUCCCCCACUGCACCCAUCCCAUUGUCGUCUGGAUGUGGUUCUAUUUUUUAUGGGUUUCCUCUCCCCUCCUCCCUCUCUUUAACCCCUCUGCUCCCACCUCCCCGCCACCCUUCGUCUCUUGCUCUUUCUUGGGCUUCUGUACAACUCAACUUGUAUACACUGUGUACACACAACCAGCCAAACGAAAACCCAACGGCAAACACUUUA